CCGACAGUGGUGCGUUCCAGCAGAACGCUGUGUCCUUCCCUUUUUUGGGCGCUCGCUUCGCGACGUCACCGUAGUUUGUUUGUGCCAGGACCGCUGCUUGCUGUGUUCGGUUUGUAAGCGGCUGCUGGGCCUGGGCUCCCGACCUCACCGCGCAGCCCUCCCUCCCUUCCCCUCCGUCCGCUUCUCACACAGGGCCAUGUCCACACCGGCCAGGAGGAGGCUCAUGAGGGACUUCAAAAGAUUGCAGGAAGAUCCCCCAGUUGGAGUCAGCGGUGCACCAUCUGAGAACAAUAUCAUGGUUUGGAAUGCAGUUAUAUUUGGGCCAGAGGGGACACCAUUUGAAGAUGGUACGUUUAAACUUGUGAUAGAAUUUUCAGAAGAGUAUCCAAAUAAACCUCCAACUGUUAGAUUUGUAUCAAAAAUGUUUCAUCCAAAUGUGUAUGCUGAUGGCAGUAUAUGCUUAGAUAUUCUUCAAAAUCGUUGGAGUCCAACUUAUGAUGUUUCAUCAAUAUUAACGUCAAUUCAGUCUCUGCUGGAUGAGCCGAAUCCGAAUAGCCCUGCCAACAGUCAAGCAGCUCAGCUUUAUCAGGAAAAUAAACGAGAAUAUGAGAAGAGAGUAUCUGCUAUCGUCGAGCAAAGUUGGAAUGAUUCUUAAUAGAUUUCCCAUAUUAAAUUGCCCCCUAUUUCGUGUACAGUUUAACUUCAUAAAAGACAAAAUGGAGGCUGCUACAAAUAACGUUGAACAAGUUGUGAAUUUCCAUUCGAAGUUGUUGGCAGACAUAGAACAUCAAAUCCCUUUGCCCUUUCUCCAGUAUGGAACAUUUCAAAGCUUGUGUAUCUCUACUAAUGUACUUUUUAUUGCAUGUUAUGCAUGUUAAGAAAUAAGUUAUUGCUACAUUUGUAAAAUAUAUAUAUACUGUUUGUAAUUUUUGUUUCUUCGGUGUAUAAUGUUGGCGUGCAGUUUACAUGAAAUAAUACACAUUUUGUAAAUCUAUACACUUUUCUUUUUUUUAACUGCCUCAUUUGUGACUUAUUUUCUUUUUAUAACAAGAGAGCAGGUUUUGUUUUUGUUUCUUUUAAUACUGUUUUAAGGUAAACUGUGGAACAGCUAACAAUAGAUUUGGUUAUUCUUACAUUUGACUGAUUUUUCUUAUUUCAAAUAUUUUCUCAUUAAUAAAAUGAGUGAUUGCAGUUCUCUUUUUAAUUAUGUAUAUUGCGUAUGCGUUUAAUUACAAGUAAUGCUAAAUACAAAUAUUUUUUUUA